CAGCGCUGAGCGACCUAGGCUUGCUCUCAUCGACAAAGAUGAAAUGUCAUCCCUUUGCAUGCAGAGGGCGAACUAGUACCUCCAGAAAUCUCCCGGGUGCCGCGGGUCGGAUUCCGGCGGCCAGGACCAGGUGUCCGCUCGCAUUCUGGCCUGAGUGGCAGCUUUUCUGGCCUGGACUACAUUUCCCACAGACGCUGCGGCUCGAGGCUGCGUCGGCCGAGAACCGGGCGUCUCGUCCGGUGCCUACGGCGACGCUCCAGCUGCCCGGGGUGAGGCCCCUGAAGGCCUGGCGGUUGCCUCCCGCCGACCCGCUCCGCCUACCAGCCGCCCGCGUCGGGCCUCGCGGUUCUGUUUGGCGCCGAGAAGCUGUAGAUGAGCACGAGCCCAGCUUGCGCGCGGAGAGGAAUCCGGAGGCCUGCUGCCCGCUUCCGGCCUGCAUUUCCCGGAGGACUCGCAGGCGGACGCGACAUUCCUCAGGAUUUCGGCCGCUUUGCGGGAUGGCGAGACCGUUGGCUUCCCCGAGUUAGCUGCUGCCGGGCCUUUGGAGUCCGGUGCAACUUGGCCAGUUUGGGCCAGCCCGCAGCUAGGGAAGGACUAGGGUGAGGAGUUCAGUUUCUAUUGCUAAGAGGAAGAGUAAAGAACGAUUAUUGAACAUCUAGAGGCCAAGAUCAAGAUCAACAGACAAGAAAUCAAGGUACAGAAGAACUCAAUGCCAUCUAUAGAUUGACAGCAGACAUUACAUAACCUGCUCAUAGCUCAAGCAGAAGAAAACUGAAGCCUUACUGUAUGGAGGUGUCAGAAAAUUGCAGCUCACAGAGCAGCAGGAAAUACAGAGGGUGAAACACUGGAAGAAAGAGACCUACAGAAACGCAGCCAUGCCUCGUGGUCCCAAGAAGCAUCUGAAGCGUGUAGCAGCUCCAAAGCAUUGGAUGCUGGAUAAACUGACUGGUGUGUUUGCUCCUCGCCCAUCUACUGGUCCCCAUAAGCUGAGAGAAUGUCUCCCUCUCAUCAUUUUCCUAAGGAACAGACUUAAGUAUGCCCUCACAGGAGACGAAGUAAAGAAGAUCUGUAUGCAACGUUUUAUUAAGAUUGAUGGCAAGGUCCGAACUGAUAUAACCUACCCUGCUGGUUUUAUGGAUGUCAUCAGCAUUGACAAGACCGGGGAGAAUUUCCGUCUGAUCUAUGACACCAAGGGUCGCUUUGCUGUUCAUCGGAUUACACCUGAGGAGGCCAAGUAUAAGUUGUGCAAAGUGAGAAAGAUCUUUGUGGGGACAAAAGGAAUCCCUCAUCUGGUGACUCAUGAUGCACGCACCGUCCGCCGUCCUGAUCCCCUCAUCAAGGUGAAUGAUACCAUUCAGAUUGAUUUGGAGACUGGGAAGAUUACUGAUUUCAUCAAGUUUGAUACUGGUAACCUGUGUAUGGUGACUGGGGGUGCCAACCUGGGAAGAAUUGGUGUGAUCACCAACAGAGAGAGACACCCUGGUUCGUUUGAUGUGGUUCAUGUGAAAGAUGCCAAUGGCAACAGCUUUGCCACCCGACUCUCCAACAUUUUUGUUAUUGGCAAAGGCAACAAACCCUGGAUUUCUCUUCCCCGUGGAAAGGGUAUCCGCCUCACCAUCGCUGAAGAGAGAGACAAGAGACUGGCUGCCAAACAGAGCAGCGGGUAAAAUGGUCCCUAGGUGACGUGACUGGAAGACUUUAUACUUAAUUAAAGGUCAUACAGCACGAUAAAAAAAUAAAAAAAUAAAUAAAAAUAAAAAAACCCUCUUCAUUUCACAAUA